UCAUCCGUCAUUUUCCAGUAGGAGUUUUUCAGUGUUCUGCGACGGUUGCAGUUUUCUUGAUACGCAGUUGAAAAUUGUUUAGUCCAGCCAAUUACCAUCCGAAAAAAACAGCAAAAUGUCCGGAAAAGAUAGGCUACCGAUUUUCCCGUCCCGUGGUGCCCAGAUGUUGAUGAAGGCCCGUCUGGCAGGAGCCCAGAAAGGUCACGGUCUGCUCAAGAAGAAGGCGGAUGCCCUGCAGAUGCGAUUCCGUUUGAUUCUGGGCAAAAUCAUCGAGACCAAGACCCUGAUGGGUGAUGUUAUGAAAGAGGCAGCCUUCUCGCUGGCGGAGGCCAAAUUCACGUCUGGCGACAUUAACCAGGUGGUGCUGCAGAACGUCACCAAGGCCCAGAUUAAGAUCCGCACCAAGAAGGACAACGUGGCUGGUGUCACACUGCCCGUUUUCGAGUCCUACCAGGACGGAUCCGACACCUACGAACUGGCCGGUCUGGCCCGUGGUGGUCAGCAGCUGGCCAAGCUGAAGAAGAACUACCAGAGCGCCGUUAAACUGCUCGUGGAGCUGGCCUCGCUGCAGACCUCAUUCGUCACCCUGGACGAGGUGAUCAAGAUCACCAACCGUCGUGUGAACGCCAUUGAGCAUGUGAUCAUCCCCCGAAUCGAUAGGACUUUGGCCUACAUCAUCUCGGAGCUGGACGAGCUCGAGCGUGAGGAGUUCUACCGGCUGAAGAAGAUCCAGGACAAGAAGCGCGAGGCUCGCAUUAAGGCCGACGCCAAGAAGGCGGAGUUGCUGCAGCAGGGCAUCGAUGUGCGCCAGCAGGCCAAUAUCCUGGAUGAGGGCGAUGACGACGUGCUGUUCUAAGUAUUACCUUGGAUGUGUUAAUUCCAGCAAUAUUAUUGUUAAACUAUUUCUGUUCUGUAUCCGUUUCCAUAUUGUAAUUCGCAAAGGGCAAGCCACAAACUUAAUUGUACCUAUGUAGCAAAAGUGUGUAGACUAUUCCAAUAAGCAGAAAAGUAUGUAUUCCAUUUUUGUAGUGUAGUGUAAGCUGCGCAAAUCAUGCAUUAAAGUCUUGUUGUAUCAUACGA